UGUAAUGUACCCCAUAUAUAUAAUAUUAUGUGUCUGAUCUCUCCAUUUUUUCGUUUGAGGCUUUUGGAAUUUUUUUACAAAGGGCUGUCCUUUGAGGGUGCAUCACAGAUUUCGUUGUGCCAAAGUUUAAAAAAUUUCUUGGUAGCUGUGUUCAAUUAUCAUUCAAACAUUGCACAACUAUGGAUGUAAAGGGGGCCUUUAGUAAAGGAAAAAUUAAAGGUCCUAUUACUAUAACAUCAGCUUUAACUUCAGCAUUCCUUGAAUGGAUGCUCAUGAUUUUUCUGUUUAUUGACGGUGGUUUCGCCUACUUAGUUACAAAAUUUGCCCAGUAUUGCCAAUUGCAAGUUCCAUGUUUGCUUUGCUCGAGGCUGGAUCAUGUUCUUGGCAAGAAAAGGGCUGGAUUUUACUGGGAAUUAAUCUGCCCUGGUCAUAAGUUGAAGAUAUCUUCAUUAGUUCUUUGUCAUUCUCACAGCAACCUUGUUGAUGUUCAUGGGAUGUGCGAGAAUUGCCUUUUCUCAUUUGCCACAGUAAAUAAGUCGAAUGUUGAAACCUAUAGAUUACUGGUCGGGAAACUUGGGGCAGAUCCUCACCUUGCUGAUGAGGAGCAAACCAAGAGUUCUUCGGGAAUAAGAAAAUGUUAUUGUUGUAAAGAGGAAUGUGUUUCUAGGGGAUAUGCCCAAAAGUUGUUCAAGAUUACAUCUUCGUGCGCUGAUGCAGCUGAACUGACUAAUGGACAAGAGGGGGGUGACACGAAGGAGUCUGCAAACGAACCAUCUACAUCAGUCGUGGUUCCUUUGCCUCAUUUGGAGUACAAAAAGGUCAAGGUUAAUUCCGAUUCUGAAUCAGAAGCUGCUCACUCGGAUAGUGAUUGUGCUAGGCCUCUAAUCCGUGCAAGGGACUAUUCGAUAGAUGAUUCUUCUGAUAGAUGUUUGCAUCCGGAACCUCAGAUUUUUACUGUCACUGAUGACUUUGCUACUGAGAAAUUAAUACAUUCGGCUUCAGUGGUUGAGCCAUCAGUUCUUGAUCCAGAAAUAGACUUAAAGGCUAGAGAUUUUGCGUCUGUUGUGACCUCAACUGGAGGUGUUGCGCUUGGUUUAGAGGAAUUUAACUGGCAGCAGACUGAACAGAAGACUGAUGUAUCUGUCCCAUCUGAUCUUAUAAGUUUCGAUGAAGUCAUCCCCUUGUCCAGUGUCAACGAUAUUCUUGUUGACGUAGCAAGAGAGACCUCAGCAGGUGAGACUAGCAACCAAGUUGUUGAAGGUUGUGGGGAAGUCCCCAGGGCAAGAAGUGAAGAUAUCCCAAAGAGGGAAACAGAACUGGAUUCUAAAUCAGACCCAAAUGAGGUUAGAUUACAAACAGCUGGUUCUUUUGAUCUAGGCGAUGCUUAUAAGCUAGCUGUUGGCAAUAGAGCAAGGCAAUUGUCUGGUAAGUUUUUGGAGCAGAGGUCAUUCAAGGAUUCUACACGAAUGAGUGAAGAUCUAAAAGUCCUACUUAGACAACUGUCUGCUGCUCGUGGUACCGAUACUAUAUUGAGUGAGAUGAGCCCGAGGGUGUCUGUAAAUGGUGAGGAAAUUAUUGGAAUGCAGCUACUUCACAAAAGGAUCUCGCUUGAGAGAAAUGAAUCUGGUUUGUCUCUGGAAGGAAGCGCAGUGAGUGAAAUCGAAGGUGAGAGUGUGUCUGAUCGCUUAAAACGACAGGUUGAGUAUGAUAGAAAACUAAUGGCAGCUCUCUAUAAAGAGUUGGAGGAAGAGAGAAACGCGUCCUCAGUUGCUGCGAAUCAGGCAAUGGCAAUGAUUACAAGAUUACAAGAGGAGAAGGCAGCACUUCACAUGGAAGCUUUGCAAUGCCUAAGAAUGAUGGAAGAACAAGCUGAAUAUGACAAUGAAGCACUGGAGAAGGCAAAUGAUCUACUUGCACAAAAGGAGAAAGAGAUUCAAGAUUUAGAAGCUGAACUUGAACUUUACAAGAAGAAACUUGGAAACAUGGCUCUCUUUGAGGAUGCGCUUGAGGCCAGUUAUGGUUCAAAUAAAGCUAAGCAAGCUCAUACAAUAUGCAGUGAUGGCAGUUCAACUGUUCCUGGUGAUGUAAAUGCUGAUAAACCAACUAGCGGCAGUAGAAAUUGUGAGAUGAAGACAUCAUCUGGAGUCGAUAACAUAGAUAAGGGGAGCAGAGAACAAAUUAUGAUUUGUUUGGACAUAUUGGAAGAAAAGCUCCAGUUGCUCUCUAAGCAUGAGGCUGGCCAAGUCAUUGCUAAUGUUAACUCCGAGUUUUCAGCAGAUGAGUGGGUUGAAGUGGGCAAUCCUAAAGACUCAGAUCAUAAGGAGUCUUCUAGAAAUAAUGGCGAAAUAGAGCCAAAUGUGCACCUAGAGCCAAUCGCAGACACAAUGGAGAAUCUGAAAGUUGAUUUAUCAGUUUUGAGCAGCAGACUGAAAGCACUUGGGAUAGAACACAGCUUUCUUAUGCAUUCCAUCAACUCACCGAGGGAUGGAGAUGAGGGAUCUCGACUCAUUGAGGAGAUUUCUGGUCACUUACGGCAGUUGCAUUUUAUUUUGGAUAGAUCAAGUGGUGAACUUGCACGGAAAUAAAGAUUAAGUUAAAGAUGGUUCUUUCUCCUACUGCAUGAAGUGUACAGUUUCUGGGUGAACUGUGAACAUGGUUUCUCCCAUUAGUAGAAGGCUACAAGCAGCAAUUUAGCAUUGUGUGAUAUGUUUUUCCAAUGAUUUCUUGCUUUUUCAUCCUUCCUUUUUUUUUUUCCCCCCUUUUUGAUUCAUUUUACUACAUAGGUUUGAGUAAAGAUUGCAUGUAAAGUUGAAAUUCAAGAGAAUUUGAUGUAAAGUUCUGCUGGAGUGGCUUGAGUCCUGAUUUUAAUAUAGUGGAUUAUUGAAUUUGUUGUGAUAAA